UUUCUGGUAACUUGGAGAUGACUUACCAUGGAACAGCUAAACUGUGAAAAUCUAAGUUGACAUUAAAUAGAGAAAUUGUCCAGGUAGUUGUUAUCUGUGAUUCUGGCAGCGAUCGAUUUUAUAUUGUUAUUAUCAUCUGUCGACUAGCACGGCUAGCCGGGGGCGCGGUCGCCAUUGUUUGACAUCUCUCUGUAUUAUAGACAACCCAAGGUACCACAACCUUACGAGAUGUUUUUAUCAUGUCGACAGAUGGACGUAUGCGGCUGAAUGAGUUACCGGAAGUUACGUCAUUUUCCAUUUCUGCUCAGUCAUCAUCAAUUUCCAACAGGAAGUCGUCUGAAAUAUUCAACACAAUCCCAGACUCACCCCACAACAGCAAAACACCAACAGAACAAAAACGAGAACGGUUUGCUUCCCGCCGACCUAGAUCUUUGAAAGAUAUUUUCUUUCGAUCAAAGAACCCUGAAAAGAAUAGUUCCCUUGAAAAAGGAACCAGCGACACAAAGUCGAAAUUUUCGAAUAUUGUCUCCAAACAUAUUUUACCGUUCAAAUUUGUCAGAAAUCUAAGGACAGAACUAACCAAACCUGAACGCACCGAUACUACUUCUUGUCCAAAUCUUGCUAAAAGAAACUCGACAGAAACCCUAUCAGAAAAGCCCGAGGAAACUAUUGUAGCACCCUUCAAAAACACCCCUGAUCAGGAAAGUCCAGAAGAGACUAAGAUUGGUCCAUUCCCGGCAUCUCAAUCGUUCCCCAAAAGUGAUUACGAUAGACCACUAUACAAGUCUUUCCAAGACCGAAAUCCUUUGCGCGUACAGCAUCUUGCCAUACCAAAGCAAAACAGUGAUUCCUGUACAAACAAAGGAAACUCCCCAGUGGCAGACAUAUUUACGACAUCUUACACCCACUCCACGUCCCCAAAGAUAGUCCAUUCCCUGUCUAAACUACAGUGCAAAAGUGCCCAAGAGCUGCCAAAAAGUCCAGUUGUUGCCAUUAAGCAAAGAUUAAUUCGUAGCUAUUCGGACACCCCUCCGCGUUUAUCCGUAAAAUCACAAGGAAGUACCGCUUCGUUGAAAAUUCCUACGUGUCUCCAAUCGAGGAUGUAUCGAGACGACUGUGUGUCUCAGGUUCUGGAUUAUCUCUUUAUAGGGAGUAUCGAGGUACCGUACAAUGAACCCAAACUGUGUCGCCUCAAGAUCGAUUCGCUGGUCGACAUCAGCAAUUUAUCCUCUGCUCAAGUGCCUUCCUCCAAGAAGCUCCACUGUCCAUGUCUCUGUGGACAUGAUAGUCGUCACUUCCGGUCGAGGUUGAUCAUUCGAGUCGAAGAUGACGACAAGGAAGAUAUUGAACAAUAUUUCUCGGAAAUUAAUAAAUUUAUCGACGGUGCUAGAAAAUGUGGGAAAAACGUUUUAAUUUUUAGUUACCAUGGAAACUCCCGCGCACCUGCUGCAGCGAUUCAGUAUCUGAUGAGCCAUGAAGGAUUCCUCUUACGACAAGCUUAUAACCUUGUGAAAAAUCAGCGGCCAUCCGUCGAUAUAAAUCAAAGAUUUCAAAACUCUCUGGAAGCUUUGGAACGCAGACUUUUUCCUGAGGCCAAGCCCUCUCUCCCUUUCAGCAAUGACUACCUAAACAUUGCCGAUCCUCAGGCGAUCAAGUGCGCAUGGGUAGACUGUUCGGACAUGUGAUUCUGCUUCUUAAUUUGUAGAUUAACGUCCAUUUUUUUAUUGCUCUGCUUAUUGAUUAGAGUUCUUUGUUUUUUUAAUGGAAUUCUUCUUCGCCUAAAAACUUUCAUUCAAACAAGACUAUGGAUCUUCUGCUGGGUAUUAGACAGUCAGGAUUUAUUCCAUCAGCUGGUUUAAUAUUGUUUGCUGAUGACAACACCAUCAAAAGAAAUCGUGACAAACCUCGUCAUGAAGACUGUCAUCCGAUAUGUCUCGAUGCUUUUUUUAUUUCUUGAUUAAAAAAAAGAUUUCACACUGUGCACGGUGUAAAAACGGGAAAAUACCGAUACGAAAUAGACAAGAUUUUAUUUACAUUGUAUACUUGUGCUAUGUCCGUGUUAUUUUCACAUAGUUUUUUAAAAAUACAUUUCCUGUUUGUGACAUAUGCAUCAUAAAAUUUCUCUUUUUGA